CAUCGACGGUAUAUCGAAGUUCAGUGCUAAGAUGAGAUUACUCGAGUGUUGCGUUAUUUCCGUUGUACUAUCCUUGGUAUCUAGUGCGGGACUCAAAGAGGAAUUUACCUGGACUAGGAUCAGCUACGCUUGGCGCAAUGGGCAGAGAUCCAGGAGACAAGUGAACACUGAAACCAGGUCUUACAAGGGAAACAGACCUACACCAGACGCCAUUCUCUUUGAGGGGUCGACUAACAAUGAAAACCCAGAAAAUUCACAGCCUAGUGAUGAAAAUAAAAAUGGACCUGGAGAUAUUGACUAUCGAUUUGAGAACAACAUUCCGAUGGGUUCCAACGUAUGGCAAAACAAACUCUUUAUCACCGUACCAAGAAGACGACUGGGAGUCCCGUCAACUUUAAAUUACGUACCUCUAAACAGCCCGAAUAAACAUAAUGUUCCCUUAAUUCCGUACCCCAACUGGGAUAAAAAUUUGUAUUCCGACACUAGUGGAACUGGUGAGAAUUUCGUUUCAGUGUACAGGGUAGCGGUGGAUAAAUGCGACAGAUUAUGGUUCGUGGACACUGGGACCUUAGAAAUACCAGGAAACAAAACUAAGGUCAAACCAACCACUCUUAUAAUUAUGGAUUUACAAACUGAUAAAGUGAUCCAGCAAUAUGUCAUACCUUUAGAUCAAUUAAGACCUACAACUACUUUAGCUAGCGUUACUGUAGAUGUCAGCAAAACCGACUGUGAUAGCGCUUACGCCUACUUACCGGAUUUAGGUGGUUAUGGGCUGAUAGUGUAUAGUUUGAAGGAAAAUAAAUCCUGGAGGGUGACACACAAUUACUUUUAUCUCGAACCACUAGGAGGAGAAUUUAAUGUUGCCGGACACCAGUUCCAGUGGAACGAUGGUGUCUUCAGCGUUGAACUGACUGCCAUGAAAUCAGACGGUUACAGAGACUUGUACUUCCAUUCUAUGGCGGGAACUCACAUCUACAAAGUCUCGACUAGAAUACUGCGAGAUGAAGCCUUAGCUACAAGGUCAUACCAUGAGAAUGACUUUCAGAGUCUUGGAGACCGAGGACCACUCUCUCAAACCUCUUCAGCUGAUCUCCACAAAUCUUCAGGUACCCUCUUCCUUGGGCUUGUGAAUCAGAAUGCUCUAGGCUGUUGGAAUAUUGAGCGGCCACUGGAUACAAUAUCAGUCGUACAGAAAGAUGAUCAAAAAAUGAUUUAUCCGUCUGAUGUAAAGGUAUACAAUGAUAAGGUUUACUUGCUAACAAAUACAAUGCCCGGAUUUCUGUACGGAAGGCUCAAUUAUGAUGAAGUAAACUUCAGAGUUUGGUCUAACGGAGUUUUGGAUGCCGUUCUGGGUACGAAAUGCUGAUAUGUGUAGAGAAGAAGUUCAUAGUUUUUAUGUAUAUUUUUGUAUUCAGUUUUUUCCCAGAUUAAAAGGCUGCAAAUUAUGAUAAACUAGAUUUAUUAUUUAAAAUGGUGUUCUAUUUCUCAAUUUCGUUGUGAAUAUUCCUUAACACUUGUAAAAAUAGAGAUACACAGCCCCACA